AUGUCUUCAACUACUUCCGAUAUCGAAUUGGGCCAGUGCAGCACUACGCAAUUGUCGAGGUUAGGUGCAAACGGCAGAACCUGGAGGCUCAAGUGGCCAAAUCUGACAUGGCCAUCAUCUGCCUGUUUCUCAGUUCCGUUGUUACCUUUUUGGAACAAGAGUGCUCCGGUAAUGCAAUUACCGCAAAUCGAGGACUACCCCAAGGGAUACCCGCAGUUUUCGUCGUUAAUAUCUUCACACGAGUCCUUUUUCGUUGCACGAAGGUUCCUAAAUGUUCGUGCACGGCUACUACUACUCAAACAAAACCGUGUUGUCGCACUCGAGAGUAAGCUGCACAAGAUUGAUAGAGAUGAAGACAGGCCACUGUUUCUGGGCAGUUGUCAGCGGGAUCAAAAUACAGACCGAGCAAAGGUUGUUGCAGAGCUCGAUGAAGCUCUGGAGGAUCUAGACAAGUUCCUAUUGAGAAGUCGACAGAUCUCAGAACUCGAACAAGCUGAUCCUCAAGCUGUGACGAAUUUGCAGAAUUGGGUCAAUGGCACCGGAUCUAUCGCACGAGCAGAAAGCAGAUUCUUGAAUUACCCGCUGCAAGAGCUCCUGAGUACCAGUCCCCGAGACGAAUCUGCCAUGAUAGGACUAGAGAACAACGUGGCUGAGAACCUGCUACGUUUGCGAGAUUACUUCUUCCCAAGCUACUCACCUAAAGUCUCAAGAGACACUGCCCAUAUUUACAUCCCUGCAAGAUCAUCUGCGGCUCUCAUCUCCCGCGCCUUGAUGAUCCCGAUAGUUGUCAUCAUGCUGCUGGCGCCCGUUAUUCUUUGUUCUUACCUAAGUAGCACAUCAUCACGGCUGUUUGCUGUUGGUGGUGCGACAGUAUUCUUCGUUGCGAUGAUUUCCAGUGGCACGAGAAUGAAGAGUCAAGAACUGAUUAUCGCGGGAGCAACAUACGCCACUGUUCUUACAGUUUUUCUAUCGGAAUCUUCGGUCUUGCCAGGGUAA